AUGUCCGAACUUCGUCAGGAGAUUGAAACGCUUCGACGUUUAGUCGAGAAGGAGCGACGGGAGAAAGAGCAAGAGCGACGGGAGAAAGAGCAAGAACGACGGGAGAAAGAGGAAGCCAAGGCGCGAGAAGAGCAGGAGCGGCAAAAAAGCCAGAAGACGACGCUCGAGGAAUACUUAUUCAACUGCCAUUUCUACCUCUAUACGAAACUCGCCUUCGCCGACAAGACCAAGUCCUCCAUGGGACUCGCUACCCGAGUCGACAAGAAGUACUAUCCUAAGAGGCUACGUCCUUGGAACGCCUUCGCCAAUUCCCAGCGACAUCAACAAUUUAGCGAGAUUAGGAGGGUCUGUGGUGAAAGUCGGCUUUUCCAUCAAGAGAGCACGACCAGAGACCUGGGAGCUACCAUCUCUUACGAUCCGGCUGGCAACGAGAACGCUAUUGAGUACUUCGAGAGGAUCGCAGUUGAAGUUCCUGUGCGGGAAAUCUUAGCGCCCGUAUGGAACCAAAAGGGACCACGAUGGGAGCACCAGGUUACGAUGCUAAGAUUCAGUCACAACGCCCGCGACUUCACGCAAUUAAGCGAUAGUCAGAUUGAAGAUGAGGGCCCAAGCUCAGGAAGGCAGAAGCGACAACGGCGGACUGGGACCACCAUGCGGAACGAAUUCUCAAGGGAAAUAAAGCCGCCGCCUAUGAAACCUGAUGGAUGGGGCAUCCGUACGCACCUAGACGGUGACGAGAGCAUGGCUUUUGUCUACGACUUCAAGGCAGCUCACAAGUUUGCGGCGCCAUACCUUAAAGCCACACUUGCGAAAGAGAGGCUAUUUAUAGACGUUAUUGCACGGGACAACAGCAAUAAAUAUAAGAUCGAUCCCCAGCUGCAAGAGCAAGAGAUUGAAGAAACACGAAUUGCUAUGGCGCUAACACAAGUCUUCGACUAUAUGGUUUGGUAUGGGGUUGCAUAUGGUUAUAUUGCCGCAGGGAAGUCCUUGGUGCUCCUUCAUAUCGACCAAGAGGACCUACAGACAUUAUAUUACCAUCUAUGCGUGCCCGAUGAAGAGGUGGUCGAAGCGUUAGCCGGCGAUCGGGCUGGACAGGUGCCUUAUACCGCAGUAGCUCAGCUAGCCGGCUUUUGCCUUUUGAGCCUUCAAUCCGAGGCUCUUAGGGGAAAUUCACUCAACACGGCGUUGCAGAAGGCAAGAAAGGAGCUAAAAAUAUGGGGGGAGCCUUACGAGGACGCGGUGCUUUCUUUCGAGGCAGAGGGUGUCAACUCGUCGUCGCAGUCGUCAUCGCAAGGGACGGAUGGCUCGGAGUUCCAGUGCGUUGCAGACCCAACCAAGCGAGUAUACCCACUGCGGUCCAAGUCGUCGUGCAUGGCCGCGGCAGUUCGUUGCAGGAACGACAACGAUGACGAGCAUGGGCCAGAGGGCGGUCCAUCUCGGACCCGGACAAAAACCGAUACGAAUGAGCGGAGCAAAGGUCCGCCGAGCGGCAGCUAUGAGAAUAAGGAGGCCGCGACGCCCGAUCCGGGACCUACCAGGCAAUACUGCACGCAGGCCUGCUUGUUAGGUCUUAAGAGAGGCUGGGAGCUCGACGAUAACUGCCCCAACGUUCUCUCGCACCGCAUCACUAAAGGCAGUACUCGACACCCCAUCGACGCCGGCGAGUUCACCCGCCUGGUGGGUAAGCGGCUGCGCCAGAAUCCAUAUCGAGAUUGCAAAGCGCUGGACGGCCGCGGCAAGGUUGGGGCGAUAGGGGUGCUCUUUAAGCUAGAGCUGGCGCCGUACGGCUAUACAUUCGUCGGCAAGGGGACAUUAUCGGAUCAUCUCUACCGCCUAGAGCACGAGAGCCGUAUAUAUGCACAUCUCGACAGGCUCCAAGGCGAGGUGGUGCCGGUAUACUUAGACAUCGUCCAACUGGCUAGGGGUUACGUCUUCCCUGGCGGGGCAAGAGUCGUCUAUAUGAUGCUAAUGUCGUGGGCCGGCGAGGUGGCCGCAGAGGCGGGGGCGCUGGACCUAGCGGCUGAGGUGAGGCGUUCCUCGCAGGCCGUCUGGGCCGAGGGCGUCUACCACGGUGACGAGCGUGAACCCAACCUGCUCUGGAACGACGAGCGCCGCCGCGUCAUGCUCGUCGACUUCGACCGUGCCGCCCUCCUCCCAGCUCCCAAACACAAGCAGCUAAUUCAGCUAUCCCGGGAUAAGAGGAAGCAGCAGAGAGACGGGUCUGGAACUCGUAGCAGGAAACGUGGUUCGCAACGAGGUCAUUUGCAAUUGGUGGAGUAG